GCCUGCACCGUUCUCGCUGGCAUCUUUUGCAGGGAGCAUUGGCAGCACUUGUGUGGAGGGGACGGGAGCCUGUCGUCCCCUUCCUGCCCGUUUUUUCUGUGGGUGGGGGGACCGGACCACGACGUUUCCCUCCCUGUUCCCAGGGCGGGGCAGGGUUGGCCCUCCGCCGUGGGGAGUGGCGGGGCGUGUGGGAGUCACCUGGCUUCCAGUCCUAAGCCUUUUUGGAGUUCGGGAGCAGGUUCUUUGUUUGGGAAACAUUAAUGGGCAGGUUACAGUGCUGGCUGGUGGCAGUUAGGAAAGAUAGGUCCUGCUGUCCCCUUGCUGUGCAGCAUGACACCAUCACCCAGUGGGGACGUGGAGGGGCACGGUGACACACAGCUGUGGACACCCUGUCGGUGUGUGACCAUCAUUUACAUCGUUAUUAACUAUUCAGGAUGGCUCUUUUCUCCCCUUCAAAGAAAGCUUGUUGGACCAUUUUCUAAUGGCUGGACCCAGGAGGGUGAAAUGAUUCUCAGGACUGUGAAGCCAGCGGCCAGAGUCAGUGAAGCCGAGAACCUGGGUGACCCAGUGGCUCCUGAGGGACCUAUGGAUUAUGGCAGGAAAAGUGAAAUGGGUCACUGAUAUUGAGAAGUCGGUGCUGAUCAACAACUUCGAGAAGAGAGGAUGGGUCCAGGUGACCGAGAAUGAGGACUGGAACUUUUACUGGACAAGGACAGAUGUCCUCGACAAAGGGGUUGCAUGGAAGAGAAAGAGAAAGAAGGAGGAGAGAGGACAAGGACUAGAAGAGAAGAUGAGCGUGCAGACCAUCCGGAACGUGUUCAGCGUGGAGACCGGGUACCGGCUCUCGGACGACCAGAUCGUCAACCACUUCCCCAACCACUACGAGCUCACCCGCAAGGAUCUGAUGGUGAAGAACAUCAAGAGAUACCGGAAGGAGCUGGAGAAGGACGGGAGCCCCCUGGCCGAGAAGGACGAGAACGGGAAAUACCUCUACCUGGACUUCGUGCCAGUCACCUACAUGCUGCCUGCAGACUACAACCUGUUCGUGGAGGAGUUCCGGAAGAGCCCGUCCAGCACCUGGAUCAUGAAGCCUUGCGGCAAAGCCCAGGGCAAGGGUAUCUUCCUCAUCAACAAGCUCUCGCAGAUCAAGAAGUGGUCCCGGGACAGCAAGACGUCCACGUUCGUGUCUCAGUCCACCAAGGAGGCCUACGUGAUCUCGCUGUACAUCAGCAACCCCUUGCUCAUCGGCGGGAGGAAGUUUGACCUGCGCCUCUAUGUUCUGGUGUCCACCUACCGCCCGCUGCGCUGUUACAUGUAUAAGCUGGGGUUUUGCCGGUUUUGUACCGUGAAGUACACCCCGAGCACCAGCGAGCUGGACAACAUGUUCGUCCACCUCACCAACGUGGCCAUCCAGAAGCAUGGGGAGGACUACAACCACAUCCACGGAGGCAAGUGGACCGUGAGCAACCUGCGGCUGUACCUGGAGAGCACCCGCGGCAAGGAGGUGACCAGCAAGCUGUUUGACGAGAUCCACUGGAUCAUCGUGCAGUCCCUGAAGGCUGUGGCGCCGGUGAUGAACAAUGACAAGCACUGCUUCGAGUGCUACGGCUACGACAUCAUCAUCGACGACAAGCUGAAGCCCUGGCUGAUCGAGGUAAACGCGUCCCCAUCCCUCACCUCCAGCACUGCCAACGAUCGAAUCCUUAAGUACAACCUCAUUAACGACACCCUCAACAUUGCCGUCCCCAACGGCGAAAUCCCAGACUGCAAGUGGAACAAGUCCCCUCCAAAGGAAGUUCUUGGGAAUUACGAAAUUCUGUACGACGAGGAGCUGGCCCAGGGCGAUGGGGCCGACCGGGAGCUCAGAAGUCGACCGGGGCAGCCCCUGGGGCCCAGGGCUGGCCGCACAAGAGACUCAGGACGAUCCGUCCUCUCCACCUGGAAGUGACCACCAGCAAGAAGGAAGCCCCGCUGGGCCUUGUCAAGACGACCCCCUUCCCAGACCCCACUGAAGGCCUAAGACCUAUUUUGGAAUUUCCUUUUUUCUAGAGUCCUCUUUCCUGAGCCUGUAAAUAAUAAAGCACUUAUUUGGAAGGUCAA